GUUAAGUGCAAAUAACAGAAGUGGACUGUUCGCCAAAUGCAGGAUUGUUCGGCCUCCCGACCUGACACCCGCCCUGCCGGCAAAAUGUUGGCUCAAGACUAACCUCGCUACCCAGAAGGACCGUUUGCAUAUAGUAAUUAGUAUCGAAGAUCCAAUGCGACUUUGCCCAGGCCAUCAGCGACUCAGAAACAAGCUCGGGGCAUCGAUGGGCGCACGACAGUCGCGGGCUGCUUUGAAUCCGGUCUCUUCAAGCAUGGGCCAUAACUUCCUGAGCUUGGAAGAUUACACGCCACCUGACUGGGCGAGCGGCAUACCUCUGGCACCCAGCCGCCGCUUCCGUCUGGGCAUGUUGCCCACACCCAUCCACGAGUGGCGGCUGCCUGGGCUUCCGGAGGGCGUGAGGGUGCUGGUGAAGCGAGACGACCUCAGCGGCAUGCAACUCAGCGGCAACAAGGUGCGCAAGCUGGAGUUCCUGCUGGCGGCCGCGGCGGCGGGCGGCCACGACUGCGUCGUCACCAUCGGCGGCAUCCAGUCCAACCACGCCCGCGCCACCGCCGUGGCCGCACGCUACCUGGGACUGGACUGCCACCUCAUACUGCGCACCAGCAGACAGGACGUGGACAGUGACCCCGGGCUGGUGGGGAACCUGCUGGUGGAGAGGCUGGCGGGCGCGCAGCUGCACAUGGUAACCAAGGAGGAGUACGGCGCUGUGGGCAGUACGGCACUGCUAGAGCAGCUGGCACUGGAGCUGCAGGCGGCCGGCAAGAACCCGUACGUCAUUCCUGUGGGCGGUUCCAGUGCACUGGGCACGUGGGGGUACCUGCAGGCAAUCGAUGAGAUCAUUCAUCAGUCUCGCGAGAUGGGUGAGACCAUCACGGACAUCGCAAUGGCGUGCGGCAGCGGCGGGACCACGGCUGGACUGGCGCUGGGGUCGCAUCUCAGCGGCCUGGGCGCACGCGUGCACGCCUACGGCGUGUGCGACACGCCCUCCUACUUCUAUGACUACAUCAACGGCCUCUUUCAAGGCCUGGGACUGGAGGUGCCUGCUGGCUCGCCCGGGGGAGGAGCGCAAACCCGCACCCAGCCGCAACAAGGAUCGGCGGAGGGCGGCGCAGCCGGUGGGCAGCUGCUGCUGCUGCAACAGCAGCAGCCGGAUGAGGCGCUGGCGGUGCAGUCGCUGCUGCGUGCGGUGCAGGCGCGCGGGGCAGGCUACGCCAUAAGCACUGAGGAGGAGCUGGCCACAGUGCAGGCUGUCGCCGCCGCCACGGGUGUGGUGUUGGAUCCAGUGUACAGCGGCAAGGCCGUACACGCGCUGCUGCGGGAGGUGCGGGCCGACCCGGGCGCCUGGCGGGGGCGCACAGUGCUGUUCGUGCACACGGGCGGACUGCUGGGUAUGUACGACAAGCUGGAUCAGCUGGGGCCGUUGGUGCAGGCCCGUGGGGCGGCCGUGAGCCGUAUGCAGGUGCAGGCGCCGCCGCGGGAGUAGUAAUGGGAGGGGUGGUGGCGGGAGGAGCGGCCGAGUGAUCCGAUGGCGACAUGGCUGUAGAGGAUGUGACUGGGUUUGGAUCUGGAGGGUGGGGUUGAAGUGCUGAGAUGCUGCGAAGGGGGUGGUGUCUAGGCUGACAAGGAGUAAGGGAUAAGCUCUGG